AUGCCUAAAAAAUUAUCUAAAGAAUUUUUUCAAGCACUUGGUUGCUUUGAUUACAAUGCAGCAAACAAAUUAUCAACCAAGAUUUCAAAAUUAAAUGUAAUUUUAGGCAAUCUAUUUACAACAUUAAUAAAAUGUGAACAAUCUUAUACUUCAUUAGAAUACGUGAAAACAAAAUCCACAAAGAAAGAAGAAUAUUUGAAUAACUUAUAUUUGGAAGCAUAUAAUAUAAUAAAUAAUUUAAUUAAAAAUGUCACCAAUCCUUUUUCUUUAAAUAACAACAACAACAACAACAUUGUUAUUAAUAAUAACAAUGAUAAUAAUAAUAAUCAAUUACACUUGGAAGCUCUGAUUGAAUUAAGUGAAAACUUACAAGAUUUCAUUAAAAUUCGUCAAUCUCAAAUUUUAAUAUAUCAAGCAAUUCCCAUUAAUUUUCCAAACAUUAAUCCAGAAAGUUUAGUCAAAGAAAUUGAAGAAGUUUUAACAAAAAUCAAUGAGAUAAAAUUAAAUGAAAAAUUAGGACCAUUGGGAAUUGGGGUUGAGAAAGAAGUCUUUUUAUUAAAACAUCUUUUUCUAGCACGUAAAGCAAUUGCAUAUUAUAAUUUUAAAGAUUCAACCAUUAAUCUUUUCAAGGCAAAGAUUAAUCUUACAUCAUGGAAAGAUAUUUGCUCACAACAGAUAUAUUCAGAAAAAUCAAGUAGCAAGAGUGAAGAAUCUACAAGUUCAUUUUUUCAAAGUUUCUUUUCUUCUAGUUCUGAUAAGCAGACAAAAAACAUAAAACGUGGAAAUGAUUCUCCUAAUCAUAUAAAAUGGCUUGAAAAAUUUUUAACUAGUCUAACAGCUAAAAUGACAUUAUAUUUUAUGGAUAUUUUGUUAGAAAGAGAAAAAUCCCCUACAAAUAUUAAAUCUUUGUGGAAAAGAAUUGAUAUAGAUUAUUAUGGAUUGAUUCGUAAUUUUCAAAAAAAAACUGGUGCACUUAGUAUUUUGCUAAUAUAUGAAGUAUCAGAUGAUAUUCCAUUUUAUCCACAGGGUUAUGUAUGUGGUGGACUGAAAUAUGAGAAACCAAUUGGCCUAAGCUCCUUUCCAUGUAUUUACAGCUAUCCAAAGGAAACACCUUCAAAUCAUUGGGCAAAUAUUAUUUCUAUUAUGCAUGACAAAGAUCCAUCAAAACACACAUUAUUUAAUCAUGUAAACCCAAUAUAUUUUUUUGAUAAAAAAUUUGGAAGUUCAUAUUAUUAUAUUAGAAUUGAUGAAUUUGUUGUUCUAGUGAUAAUAUUUUUAGAAAAGAAUUCUACAAGAGAUAAUAAUACAAUAGAUUUUAUAACAAGUUUAGCAAAAAAAUUAAGUGAUUUAGAAAUAUUAACAAGUUUAGUUAAUGGUCAAAUUAAUUGA